AUGCUCAUAGCGUCCACCGUGGGCCCUAUAUCCACGAAGUUGCUAUCAACAGCUCGUCGCGCCAUCACUCAACAGCUAUGUCGAACCCCCUCUCUCCCUUCGACAUGCAUCCGCACCAGUCGCAGCCGGGUCCCGUACGUACCCUUGGAACCCACGCAGACCUUCUCUGUGCCUCCGCCUGUGUAUUUCCCUCGGAAAACUGUCGAAAAGACGCUGUCUGCACGCGAAGAGAGAAGCGAAACACGACAGAAACGAGACCGAAAGCAAAGCGGAGAAGAACACCCUGGUUGCGCGCCCCAUCGUCCGCAGUCUGGAAAGAAGAGGAAGAAGAAGAAGUCUACCGUACAAGGAAACAAAGUAUCUCGGAAACAGCGUGUUUGGGAUCAUGUAGAGUUUUCGGAACAUUGCUCUGGUGUAGGCCCCUCCACUGUCAAAGCGGAGAAUGCCCUUGCGGAGCAACAACUCAAAGAUCAUACUUUCACCUUCGACGACCAUCUACAAGAGGGGUGUGUGGAUUUCGUAUCAUUCACAAGCAUGGAUGGCCUUCAAGAAGGCGAUCGAGAAAUGAACCUCAUCCAUAUUAUCGAGAGGUCUACCUCCGCAACGGACGUCUGGAAAGCGUACACGGAGCUUCGCGAGUAUUACGACCAAAACCAGUCACUUUCUGCCGGCCUACUCGCCCUCCAUCACCUCCACCGAGUCAUCCGCGUUCUAUCUGAGAACAGACCGAAGACAAGAACUCAAUUCAUCAGACUCCUAGACGUAAUUCAGUUUCUCCAGAAGUGCGGUGGAAAGGUUCAGUUGCACGAAUGGAACGCGCUCAUUCAUAAUGCUGGCCGCGGUUGGAGGAAGACUAGAGUGGAGGACUUUCAGCUUGUGAUGGACGUGUACAACGAUAUGAUUACUGGGGCGCCAGCAGGUACGACAAUGGCUGGUUCUAUCUAUGACAACGCCCCUUUGCAGGGCAAGCCUGUACACCCAGACAUCAUCACAUUCACCUCCAUCCUUGAUAUCGCGGCUCGAACCUUGCAUGCACCCUCUAUUCGCCGUGCUACAGGCCUGCUUCACGAUGCAAGUCUCUCCCCAAACCGCAUUACGCAUCUGUCCAUGCUUCGCUAUUUUAUCUCGACGCGUCAACUAUCCGGCGUUCGUAGCACUGUGCUUAAAAUGAAAGAACAAGGGUUGGAACUGGGUAUAGACGGGCUGAACGCGUGUAUAUGGGCGUAUUCCCGUGCGGGGGAUCUGGAGAUGGUUCGACUCAUUUAUCGGGUACUGCGGGACAGAAUAUGGCCAGAGGAUAAGAGAGCGGAGGUAGAUGUCAUAAUGCGUCAACUCAAGAGCGAAGAGGCCAUCGACAUCGAACCGCAUCUAGUUCCUGACGAGGUCACAUUCUUCGAGGUUGUGCAGGCGAUGGCAUAUCAUGGCGAUCUCCUUGGGUCUCUGAACACCCUGACUGAUAUGCUCUCCGCUCCCCACAACUCCUCAACGGACCCCAAGAUACAAGCAGACACCACGAGUGUGCCACCAUCACAACCUUCGACGAUGCCUGCUUUCCGUGCUAUCUUCCUUGGUUUCGCGAAGCACGGUGUCCCCCAGACCGAGCCUUCAGCUAUCAUCCGGCAUUCGACUCUUGAUACUUUCCGAAGUACGAGGUGGAACCACCAGAGCUUGCUUUCUCUAUUCGAAGUCUUUAUGGGGCGCCCAGAGUGUGUCCGACCGAGUCGCUCUGUCAUAUAUUGGAUUAUCGUCGCUUUCAUGAAGACAAGUAUGCAUGAUCCCUUGGUCAUACGGGACGUUUGGAUCAAGAUGGAAAGCAGGUUCGACGGGCCAUGGGGAGGAAGAGACAAUCGACUUCAACGGCUUCGACAAAUGAUAUUCAGCAACGAAUUCCUUCAUCCGCCUACAAGCUCGCAGCCUCGGAAGCCCAAGGUCCAUCACCAUACCAGAAUGUAG